AGGAGAGCAUGCCCAGCCGAGCCCCAUGUGCAGCACAGCAGGAGACCUCACGCCAGUCCCUGACCAAUUGCAUAACUCUCCUAUCUUCUUGGUCAGCCAUCAGUUGCAGGAUCAGCAGCCACACUUCUGUCCCAAGGAGUGAAGCUGAGUAGAGAGCGCACCCUCUGCCUGGGACCUGAUGAAAGAUCCAAGCAGACAGGGGCCCCCUGCGGAACCGUGGACACCGAGCUGCCUCCUGUUCCAGCAACAGCUUGGACCCCCGACUCUGGGUGCAGGGUCCUCACCGGUGUCCCGUGACAGCCGACACGCACUGCGCAGCCCGAGUCGACUGCUGCCACUCCGCGCUCCCCUCCUGGACCCCGCGCAGCUCUCCUGCGCAGAGGCCGGGCUACCUUCCCAGUCUCCAUCAAAGACAGAAAUUAUCGAAAUUCUGCCGCUACUCCUGACAGAAGCGAACGUGAGGGGCCUGUGGGUCUCCGACCCUAGAAGGAGCGCGCGGUGCCAGUGUUGGAUGAGGACGCAGCGUCGAGCAGGAGAACGCAGCACGGAGGAGGGCGCGGCCGGCAGCAGGGCGCAGCAGGCAGGCUGUGCUGGGUCCCCUGACGCUCUCCCCUGCUUGUUCCACGGCCGCCCCGCAGCGCCCUCUGCCGGCCAAGCCCAGAGCGCCGCUCCCCGACACACAGUGCGCGCCGGGUGUGCGCGCCCCCGGGGCCCAGAAGCUCUCCCUGCCGGGCCUGGGACGCGCAAAUGCGAAGCCCACUCUCCGGAGGCACGGGGCUCUGGUGGGUAUUAUUUUUUAUCCCUCUUCAAAAGGCCAGGAUGUGUUAGAUAUGGGCAUCGCGUUUCUAGUGUCCCUCUGAAUCGACCAGUGAAUGGACCCAUUUCCUGUAAACUUUCGCAGCAAAAUGCGAAAGAGUGAGCCCGGCGGGAGACAAGAAGGGCGUUCACGACGAGGGCCCCAAGUGGGAGAGCUUGCGGUUUGAGGAGCUAGGCCAACAGCGAAGGCCUGGCUUCUCUCUUCCCUAAAAAGUCCUUGUGCAAACGAGUCACUGACCACGGCGGAAAGGCUUGCCCGGCCGGGCUCUUUGCAGCCUGCACCGCGCACAAGGCGGAAGGCGAGAGGGCUCCAGACUCCACCCUUCCCUCUUCCUCCCGCUCACAGCUCUGGGGCCACCCCGGGCCAGAGUCUGGCCCAGCGGACCUCGCUGGCUCACAGUGGUCACCAAGACACUCGCGGCGCCCGAGUCCUGCUCACCCCCAGCUUCCGUCCGCUUUCUGACCCUGUGUCGCACGCCCUCACCCCCUAACCACCCCCGCACCCUGAUGCCCUCCGUACCCUCACUCCCAUAGUCCUGGCCUCACUGGGAGCUUCAGGCCACUAAUCUCACCUCCGUCCCCGGCUCCUACUGUCCUGCCCCAGCUGGAACUCCAUGGCCCUUUCCUUAAAGCGCUGCCUUGAAGACGCCCUGGCCCCUGGCUCAGCCCCUCACCCUCGCGUCCCUCCUGCUCUCCGCCUGCGCGCUGCCUCGCCUGGGCGGCUGGAGGUGUUGGGAGAGGGUGGCUUUGUGCAUUAUGACCCCGGCAUCCUCAGGGAUGCGAAUCCCCCUGCAGCCCCGCACCUCCCACCCGCUCCACUCCUCAGCCUCCCAGCACCUCUAAGUAUGACGGCCUUCCUUCUGUCGCCCUGAGAAGGCAGGGGGUCAGCGGAUCUGCACAGGCCGCCUCCGACACCCCGCCCCCAUGUGCCAUCUGCUGCCCCCGCGGCCCCUGGUCGUGCCCUAAGACCUUCCCAAGAGCUCUCUGGGCCAGGCCACCCCAGGCCGUCUACUCAGCCACCAGCCACGCUCUCACCUCUAACUUCCCCCUCCUCUAGGGUAUCCCAGUGAAGGCCAAAUCCAGUAGGAUUUCUCCACCUUACCUUUCAAAGGCCCCCUCAGGACCUUUCCCCAGCAACCUCCCCCUUUCCCAGCACCUGUUUCCGCACAGCUCCUAUUUCUCCUUCACACCCUGACACAUUCACCUUUACCCAGCACUCUACCAAAACCACUCUGACAUGGUCAGUCUCUUUUCCGCCUCGCCCUGCUGCACUCUGAGGUACUGGCCACCGCUAAACAUUCCCAGCUUGCAAUGCUUUCCCACAGGAGGGUCUCAGCCUGCCCCUCGCUCCCCAGCCCCUCAAGCCUCCCUCGCAGCCCCUGUAGCCCAGGAGGGCCCAGCUUCAGGCACAGUCCCUGGCCCUCUGGAGGCACGCUCCUGCCCCGAUGACUUCACCCACCCUCACUGUUUAAAGGCCACCUUUCCGCCCGUGAGUCACCAAGGAACAGCCCUGUCCCAGCCAGCUUCUCACACCAGCUCCACACUCGCCUUUCCUGUAGUCCACCAGACAGCUCCUCCCAAAUGCCGAAUCUUAAACUGAAAACACAAAGGGCAAACUCCUGAUUCCCCUCCCCCCCAUAAAAAAAUAGUCCGCAGGCCGGGUGCGGGGGGGCUCACGCCUGUAAUUCCAGCACAUUGGGAGGCCAAGGCAGGCAGAUCACAAGGUCAAGAGAUGGAGACCAUCCUCGCCAACAUGAUGAAACCCCAUUUCUACUAAAAAUACAAAAAUUAGCUAGGCUUAGUGGCACGUGACUGUAAUCCCAUCUACUCGGGAGGAUGAGGCAGGAGAAUCGCUUGAACCCAGUAGGCGGAGGUUGCAGUGAGCCGAGAUUGUGCCACUGCACUCCAGCCUGGGCGACAAAGCAAGACUCCUUCUCAAAAACAAAACAAACAAACAAAAGCAGUCCGCUGGGAACUUCUUUGCCUUUCUUUCUGUUGCUUAGAUCCAAAUCGCAUUUGUCUUCAACUACCCUGCUUCUCCUCCAUCCAAACCCACUGUCAGCAAAUCCUGCUGGACUUGCCUACAAGGAAAACCCAGAGAGCAGCCACUUCUGGUCACCUCCCUCACGCUCAGCCCAGGACACACCACCACCGUUACUCCCGAAAUCAUGUCGCCUUCUCCCUCUUCUUCCUACUUAUGCCCUUACCGACCCCUCCAGGAAUCUAGUCACAACACAGCAGCCAGAAUGGUCUUGUUAAAGCAUUAAGUGAAAGUCAUGUCACUUCUUUGUUGAAAAUCCCUCAAUGGCUUUCCAUCCCAGAGUCCUAAGAUGUCCCAAAUGGGCCUCCUCUGCUGGGCACUUCCCCUCCUCCACCCACAGUGGCCCCCCAAACUCCCCAACUCAAGCCCUCCCCGCAAUGCCACCACCAUCUCAGGGUCUCCACAGCACCAUCCCCCUGCUUGGAAUGCAGCCCCCAGGUCUCCCCGCUUGCUCCCUGAUGCCUUCAGCUCUCUGCUCAGAGCUCCCUGCACAGCAGGCUCCUUCUGGCCACCUUAUUUAAGACUGCAGCUGUCUCCCUCGUCCCCACCCCUUCUUUUCCUCUUCCUCACUCUGGGUUUCCCAAGCCCUGGCCGCUUUCUCUCAUUCGAUGUGUCCUGACUUGCUUAUUGUCUUUCAUCCCUCACUAAACAUGUGCUUCAAGCAAGCAGGGAUUUUUUUUAAGAGACAGGGCCCCACUCUGUUGCCCAGACUGAAGUGCAGUGGCUUUUCACAGGUGUGAUCAUAGCCUGUGGCAGCUUCAACCUCCCAGUUUCAAGCAAUCCUCCCACCUCAGCUUCACCAGUAGCUGGGAUGACAGGCACGUGCCACCACCGUGCCCAGCUAAUUUUCUUCACUGCUAGAUGCCCCUUGCUAAGAACAUUGAGGAGGAUCUAAUGGAUCUUUGCCCACUAAAUGCAUGAGGGAAUCCUACAUCUGCCUUCUCUUCCCUCUUUCCUGCCAUUUCCAUCACAUUUUACUCUUGCUCUGCUCCGUAAGGUUUUCUCCAGGUGGAGUCUUUCCUGCCUCAGAUUUUAUAGUCCAUUUUGGGACUCACCGCCUCUAGUGGGUUUUGCUUUAAUUUGGGCCACUGUGGACCAUUUCUAUUUCUAAGAACACUCCCUUGUUCUCCCACUGCUGCUUUUUCAUAAUUGCCUACCCUUGUGUUUAAUCAAAGUUCUGGCCCCUUAACGCCCUCUGAGAUGCAGGCUGAAAUUGUGUAAACGUGUUUCUGCCUUCUACAGUAACUAUUUGGGUCAGGGCAUUUUGUGGUUCUAAGCACUGCUGGCUUGCUGACCCACCUGGAUGUCUUCUGGGGCCCAUCCACAUUUGUGAACUUGACUAACUGCCAUGGAGCUGGUGGGAUUCCAUCAACGGGAUGUUGAGGCUCCCCUAGAGGCAUCCACAUGUAAUUAUUUGAGUUGAAGGAAAGGCCUCCCCACUAAGAGAUGAGUGAAACUUAUACCUUACACCUUUCCUUCAGGGUGUUCAGCUAAGAGGCUGACCAGCAGAACGAGGCCCUCUCAGAAGGGAAGUAGGUGAUCUACUACAUGGGGUCCUUGGGGAGCACCCACCUCGGCUAACAGGUGGCCAAGCUGAGCCCCGGCAAAAGCUGUGGCCUGCUGUUCUGUGUGUGCUCUAAGAGAGUUCCGGACAGCUUUUCCUUUAUUCUCUCAUAACUGCUUCCUGACCCACCCAUUCCUCCAGCCUCUGGACUUUAGAUUUAUUCAGUCAGAUCUGUAAUUAUAACAACAAGAGCUAAAAUCAUCCUGACAUUUGCUGUAUGCCAAUAUUGUUGUCAGGACUUUAUAGAAAUUAACUCAUUUAGUUAGCUCAUAUCACCCCAAUCAAGUAGUUACUAUUGUUUUGCCAGUUUUAAGAGGAGGGAACUGAACCACAGAGAAGUGAAGACCUGCCCAUGGUCAAGCAGCUGCUAAGGGGCGUCCCUGAGACCACAGCUCACUCACCAGUGGGGAGCGAGAAAAACAGAGGGCGAGCACAUCUGAGACCUGCCGUGCUGGGCCUUUGGGAGUGUCUGUGAGUGCGUGAGCAUGUAUGCAGUCAGGAGUCACCUGGGGAGCUGGCCUGGGGCCCUCACAUGAAAGCCCAACCAGCCACAGCCACAGUCGCCCUGCUAUUCCUAUCAAGACCUUGCAUAACAAUAAAUUGUUCACAUGCCAAGGCUAGAAAGGCAAAAGACUCUGCAAAGACAAGCUCUCAUUGACCUUAUAACCAGAGGGUCUAGCUUGUGCAUAUAGUAGGUUGCUUAAUAAAUAUUUGUUGGAAUAAAGACAUUAG